AUGGACGCUGCGUCUGAUCCCAAUCACGUUGCGACGUGCGCCAAGUGCCGUACGAGUGUCUUAAAGAGUGACAUCAGCGGUGCGUGUGUUGUCAGGCAAAGGAAAAGUUUAUACUACAAACUGCCCUAUUCCUUCCCGUGUAUUCACAUACAUACAAGCAAUAUCACCUUCAAGACGUGCCACAGCCAGUGCUUUACCUACCAAGAGUGUGACGCGGGUCUGCGGGACACCGGGACGUGGCACAACCAGUGCUUCACCUGCGAAGAGUGUGACGCGGGUCUGCGGGAUACUGGAUACUUCGUGCAUCCCGACACCAAUGUACUUCAGUGUCAGAAGUGUCACGUGAAGGCCGUGAGCCCUAAAUGCGACAAGUGCGAGGACUACAUCACAGACCGGACCUUUGAGUAUGCCGGCAAGAAGUACCACGAGUCCUGCUUCACCUGCUCAACGUGCAAUGAGAUGCUGUGUGAGAAGGUAUGA